AUGUCCUACCUCCCCGCCUCCUGCUACAGCGACAGCUCGCCCCCAUCGCCCAGCAUCCUCACCCCCGGCCUCCCCUCGUCUCCCCAGUUCCCUGCCCCCAAGUAUGCCACCACCAAGGGCUUCCCUCUCUUACCCCCCAGCCAUCCCCUGCGGACCCAACUCUGCAGCCCCCAUGAGCAGAGUCCAGUCAGCCCCCUGUGUACACCCAAGGGACACCCAAUCGAACCCAAAUCUUAUCCUUGGUCAUACCCCACCAAAAAGCCCAGCCCGGUGCUGAACCCCUAUACACAAGACGAGACCACCGCCAGCCGCCUCGUCCAUCUGCUCCGAAUCCCUCGGAGACUACGUCCCUUUCUACUUCUCGCCACCUGUCUGGCGACAUUCAGCUUCAUCCUCGUUUCCCGUACCAUCUCCGGCUCAAGCCGAGCGUCCGUCUUUUGGCCAAUGCAAGAAGGCGACUUUGCGAAACGCGAUGUCUAUGUCCAGCAGGCCUUCAACGAUCACGCUGUACCGGGCAAGGUGGGGAGCGCGAGCAAGGAGGUCAAAGUGGAGCCUUUCAAGUUUGAAAAUGUCGAACAAGAGUUUGCUGCUCUCAUGUCUUUUGUGACGGCUACGACAUCCAACGUGAUGACCCAUACCGACCCGGCCCUCCCUCUAGACCCCUCGCUCGUGCUCGACUUUGAUCCGGCGAGUCCCCGUGCUCGGGCAGACCUCGAGCUCGUCCAAUCUGAAAUCAACGCCCUCUACCCUCUCGUCCUUUUCGGCAAGAUGCGCGAUCCUCGCUACCGCGAGCUCAAAAGCCUCCUCUCGCAAGUCAAGAUCUCGCCCCCACCACUCGUCAUUGAAGUCGACCAGCGGAGAGAUCAGACUGUCUUUAUCCCUACCAUCGCGAGAUUACUGGGCACCGACGACUUGCCGCAGAUCACCCUCCAAGGCAAGCCUUUGGGCAGCUACGAGGAGCUUGUCGAGAUGCACACCGCGGGAACGUUGUUUAGCCACUUCGAGGCUACAGGCGCGGUAGAGGUCAAGGAGCUAAAAAAGAAAUCGAGAGGAGAGAGGGAGAGGGAGAGGCUGGAGAAUGAGCGAGUACUGGGCCCGGCGCCCGUCGCUGCAUUCUAG